AUGGUCGCAAAAACGAAAAAAUCAAGAUCACAAAGCUCUGUUCCAAAUAAAUCGGAACUUCUUUUCAAAGUAGGCAAAGAUAUACCUAAAUGGUAUUCGCUUGAAAACUCCACCACACUUUUUUCAUCAUCAAAAAACAUCAAUGAUAAACAUGAUAAAGAAAAAUGUCAAGAAAUCUAUCGAUUAGAAUGUGAUCUCUAUCGAAAACUCUAUCAACAAGAUCAAUCAUCUGAUUAUCAAUGGUUACAAACAUCACUUUCAACCACAUCUAAAGAUCGUCUUGCUGCUCUAGUUACAUUAAUUCGUCGUUCACCAAUUCAUUCUAUCAAAGAACUAGAAAACUUGGUUAAUCUCCUACGAUCUAAUAUUCAACAUCGUCGUGAUGCAUUAACAAUAGCUGAGAUUCUUGAAGAUGUUUUUAUUAAUAUUUAUUUACCAGAAAAUCGUCGUUUAUUUUUCAUUAAUCAACUACCAAAUCAACCGAUUACAAAGCAAACGGCUGCACUUGCAUUUGUUGAAGAAACAAUUAAACAACUUUAUUCAAAUUUUAUUGAUUUACUUCAACAAAUAGCUCAUGAUCCAAUCGGUCAAAUACGUAUAAAAGCAAUAUCAAUGCUUGAACGUUUACUAUCUCAACGACCUGAACAAGAAAAACGAUUACUUGAAUUAAUCGUUGAUAAACUAGGUGAUCCGGAUUCAAAUGUUGCUGCGAAAACUCUUCAUUUACUCAAUCAACUUUUGGAAAAACAUCCGGGUAUGAAAACUGUUGUUGUCAAUGAAAUUGAACGACUUCUUUUUCGACAAAAUAUUCGUCAAAGUGCACAACAUUAUGGUUUAUGUUGUUUAACAGCAAUAAUAUUUACAAGUCAAGAUAAUGAUUUAGCUAAUAAACUGAUUAAAAUAUAUUUUGCUUUAUUUCGGCUAUUUAGUGUCAAAGAAAAUGUUAGUUCAAAAUUUUUUGCAAUACUUCUUGGUGGUGUGACUCGUGCUAUUUCAUUUGCUAAAGUUGAUCUGGAUAAUAUAAUUGAACAUCUCAAUGAUUUAUUUCGUAUUGUUCAUUCAACAAAUUUUAAAACAAGUGUUCGAGCAUUACAAUUACUUUUUCGUAUUGUUGAACAACGAUCAGAAAUCGAUGAACGAUAUUACAAUGCAUUAUAUAAAAAACUGUCUGAACCAGAAUGGAAAAAUUCUAAAAUGCUUUCAACAUUUCUUAAUCUUAUAUUUAAAUCUAUGUUAAAAGAUUCCAUGGAAUCUCGCAUACGGGCAUUUAUUAAACGUUUAUUACAAUUAUGUCUUUUUAAUGAUGUACCAUUUAUUUGUGGUAUACUUUUACUUAUAUCUGAAAUUGUUAAACGACAUGCUAGUGGUCAACGUUUACUUUUAUUUUCUCAAAAAACUAAUCUUCUAUCAUUAGAAAAUGAUAAAACAACAGAAGACGAUGAUGAAGAAGAACAUUUUCAUGAUGUUGUUAGUGAAGAUGAUCAACCAUUACAAAUUGUGCCAGAAGUUUCUUCAUGGAAUCAUAAAAAUUUAAAUAAAACAAAUCAAAAUCAUUUGAAUCAUUAUGAUAUAUAUAAACGUAAUCCAUUAUAUUGUGGUAGUGAUUAUACAUGUUUACAUGAAUUAAUAUUUCUUAAAAACCAUUCUCAUCCAACAGUGGCAUUAUUUGCUCAAAAUCUUUUCGAUGGAAAAUCUAUUGAUUAUAAUGGCAAUCCAUUGGUUGAUUUUAAUUCAAUGCGUUUUUUUGAUCGUUUCGUUUAUAAAAAUCCAAAAAAACAAAUUACGAAGCAUGAACUUUUAAGAAAAAAAUCUCGUCAUGCUGCUGGUCGACUUUAUUUACCUAAAGGUGUUAAAGCAGUAGCUGUUGAUAGCAAUGAAUAUACACGAUUAAAUCCAGCUCAUAUUCCAGCCGAUGAACGUUUUCUAUAUACAUUUAUGAAAAUGCGACAAGAAAAUAGUGAAUUAGCACAAGAUAACAAGAAACAAAAACUAUCCGACGAAGAUAUUGAUGAUAAUGAAAGUAUUUCAAGUGUAUCCGAUGAUGAAUUCGAUAAAUAUUUAAACCAUUUUAUGGGCGAUAUGGAUAAAGACGAAAUUGAUCUUGAUGAAGAUGAUAAUAAUAGUGUCCAAGACAUUGCAAGUACUGUUCAACGUGUUCAUCGCCAUGAUGAUGAUGAACUAAAAGAGGAUGAUGAUGAUGAUGAUGAUAUGAAUCAUCGUCCAUUUACAUUAAACGAUGGUGAUGAAUUAUCCGAUGAUGAACAACUUGAUGAUAAUGAACAUGAUACAAAUAGUUAUCAACAUAUUCAUGAUAAUUUUAAAGUUGAUAAUGAACGAGAAAUGAAACAAAUUAAAUGGGAACUUGAUCGUGAACGUACAUAUGCUCAAAGAUCACGUCGUUAUGAUAAACAUAUUAAAAAGACAAGUAGACGAAAACCAAAAUUAACUCGUCGUGAGAAACGUCAACAAAUGAACAAACAAGUUAUUAAAAAAAAAAAGAAACAUGUUCAUUUUAGUUGA